CCUCCAUCAUUUUUACAUUUUCUAGUUCUAUCUUGUAGCAGUUUCAAGAUCCCUGGUUACCAUGGAUCUCACUGAAACAGAUGUGCUCAUUAUUGGUAAGGUAGACUGGAAAGGAAGACCGGCAACAAAGAAUAAGCAUGGAGGCAUGCAUGCUGCGACUUUCGUACUAGCAACUUCUACAUUCGAAAAUAUGGCAAACUUGGCACUGGCAGUGAACUUCGUGACUUAUUUUAAUGGGGUAAUGCAUUAUAACAUAGAUGAAGCAGCGAACCAUGUAACCAACUUCUUGGGCACCUGCUAUAUUCUUUCCAUCGUUAUGGCUGGUCUUGCGGAUGCGUACAUAGGACGAUUUAGAACUGUUCUUAUUGCGGCUUGUAUAGAAUGUGUGGGGAUUACAUUGCUCACUCUACAAGCUCACUACUCAAAGCUCAAACCGCCUCUAUGUAACAUGUUUUUGCCAACAUCAAACUGUGAGAAAGUGAAUGGAGGAAACACUGUGCUUCUAUUCUUUGCAAUCUACCUUCUAGCUGUAGGUAGUGGGGGUGUAAAAGCAGCACUGCCAUCACAUGGAGCAGAUCAAUUUGAACAAAAUGAUAUAAAAGAGGCAACCAAGAUGUCAACCUUCUUCAAUUGCUUGCUACUAUGCACUUCCGUGGGAGGUUCAGUUAGCUUAACUUGCUUCGUGUGGGUGCAAGACAACAAAGGUUAUGACAGAGGAUUUGGGCUUUCAUUUAUCGCAAUGUUCUUGGGUGUAAUUAUCUUUGUUUUCAGAUUACCCCGGUAUCGUAUACAUGUUGUUAAAGGAAGCAGUGCCAUCACAGAAAUUGUACAGGUUUACGCUGCUGCUAUUAGAAAUCGAAAGCUUCCACUUCCCAAGGACCCUUUUGAACUCUAUGAGAUACACCGGGACAAGGAAGCUGCACUUCAUCAAGAAUUCUUACCUCACAGAGAUGUUUACAGGUGGCUAGACAAAGCAGCAAUUAGAUCUGGCAACAUUGAACAAUCUCAAAGUCCCUGGAAACUUUGUAGGGUUACACAAGUGGAAAAUGCAAAAAUCAUAUUAGCAAUGGUUCCGAUUUUCUUGUGUACCAUUAUUAUGACACUUUGCUUAGCUCAACUCCAAACGUUUUCGAUUCAUCAAGGAGGCACCAUGGAUACUAAGCUAUCGAAUUCUUUUAAUAUACCACCUGCAUCACUCCCGAUUUUUCCUAUGAUAUUCCUACUCAUUGCAAUUCCAAUCUAUGACCAAAUCCUUGUCCCUUGGAUUCGUAAAUUUACUGGCAUCCCCACUGGCAUAACUCACUUACAAAGAGUAGGAGUUGGGCUUAUUGUAUCUGCACUAUCAAUGACAAUUGCGGGUAUUGUUGAAGUAAAGAGAAAAAAUGUCGCUAAACACCACAACAUGCUAGACGCGAUCCCUGUGCUUCAACCAUUGCCCAUUAGUGUAUUCUGGUUAUCCUUCCAAUAUUUUGUUUUUGGUAUAGCUACUAUGUUCACUAAUGUGGGACUACUUGAGUUUUUCUACUCACAAGCACCUCAAUCAAUCAAAUCCAUUUCUUCUUGUUUUCUGUGGAGCUCAAUGGCAUUAGGGUACUACUUAAGUAGUAUCAUGGUGAAGAUAGUGAACCGAGCGACAAAAGGGGACACAACAAAUGGAGGAUGGUUGGCUGGAAACAACCUAAACCGGAAUCACUUGGAAAAUUUUUACUUGCUUCUUGCAAUAUUGAGUUUGAUCAAUUUCACAAUUUAUCUAUUUUUUGCAAUGAAGUACAAGUAUAGGCCACAGAGUAUUGAUGUUUAGGAUGAGUGAUAGGUACAUUAAGCGAGGACUCUAAAUCAUUCAAUGGGAGGUUUACAAUGCGUGAGAAGUUAAAUAUCUCCUAAUUUAGUUAGAGUUCAUCCUUUAAGUUGUAUGAUUUCAUGUUACAUGUACCAUUUAAGUUAUAUGAUUGUGUGUUGUAAAUUGUUUGUUUAUUAGUUGUUUAGU